UGGACGAAACCAUGUGAGUUAGGGCGGGGGUGCACAACUCCGCACAAUGUUAUGGUGUUUCCAAAGGAUAACGCUACGUUUGACUGAAGGGCUGAAAAAAAACGUGGUUACCUUUUUAAAGUACUAUUGAAUUUGAACGAGAUCUUCGCUAAGGCAGCGAAUGAACUAUAACCGGUCUGGCAUGAGACAGGGAGGAAUUGGACCGAUCGGGCUUCUCUCCGUUCUGCGCCAUCCUUGACCAUGCGUAAUUAAAACACAGAGGGUCUAAUUUGAUUGAAUCAGAAAUUGAUAAAGAUAUGACCUCGAACAGUUUGUCCAACGGUUUUUUGUUUGUUUGACUCUGAAGGCAGAUCAUAUUUUACACGCCCUGAUCCUCGAAACGAGGCAUAUCCCACGCAUAGAAAUUAUCUUCAUGUAGUACAAUUCAUGAAUACGUAAUGGCCACAACAUGCAGAUAUAUGGUGCAGAGGACACUCCGUGCACUUGGAGCUCAUGGAAUUUCUUAUCGCCACAUAACCUCGACUUCAGGUCAAGGAAACCUUAUCGGGAGACCACAAGUGAAACACCCGAGCUGCUUCGACAAUUCCCACGCAUCCAACUCUUCGAUCACAGGAAGCAGCUCUUUGUCUUUUAGGAGUCACACCUGUGGACAACUGAGAUCUGAGCAUAUUGGAGAGAAGGUCACAUUGUGUGGAUGGGUCCAAUACCUGAGACAAGACCUGUUUGUCAUUCUACGAGACUUCAGCGGCUUGACCCAAGUACUUAUACCUCAGCAGGAAGUAAGUAGCGAAGUCUCUGAUGAUUUCGGGGCUGUCUGCUUUGUGGCUGGUGUCUGCGGAGAUGCUGUCGUCAUCACGUUGCCUUUAUGACAGGGGAUGCCAACUGGAGACGUAGAAGUCCUUGCGGAGGACGUGGAAGUUUUCAAUGUGUGCCAGAAGUUGCCGUUUGAGAUUAAGGACUUUGUGAAAAAAUCAGAAUCGUUACGCAUGCAGUUUCGCUACCUGGACCUGAGGUCUUCUAGCUUGCAGAAGAACCUCCGACUGAGGUCUCAACUUGUGAUGAGGAUGAGAGAAUAUCUCUGCAACAUACACGGUUUUGUUGACGUAGAAACCCCAACAUUGUUUAGAAAAACACCAGGGGGAGCCAAAGAGUUUGUGGUUCCGUCCAGAGACCCGGGUCGUUUCUAUUCCCUCCCUCAGAGUCCUCAGCAGUUCAAGCAGCUUCUAAUGGUGGCUGGGAUUGACAGGUACUUCCAGAUAGCUCGGUGCUAUCGAGAUGAAGGCUCCAAACCGGAUCGGCAGCCCGAGUUCACCCAGGUCGACAUCGAAAUGUCUUUUGUGGACCAGGCGGGCAUCAUGUCCCUGGUGGAAGGUUUGUUGGAAUACUCGUGGCCUGCAGAGAAAGGCCCGCUCCCGCUUCCUUUCCCAUGCGUGACGUAUGAAGAGGCCAUGAGGGACUAUGGGGUGGACAAACCUGAUACCAGAUUUGGCAUGAAGCUGACGGACCUCCGAGACGUUUUCCUGUCCACCGAUAUCGGUUUCUUCAAAUCGGCUGUCAGCAAAGCGGGAAGCUCUGUUUUGGCCAUCUGUGUGCCCAGGGGAGCACAACUAUUCACGGGGAAAGAUUUAGAAGAACUGAAACAAACAUCCAAGACUCAUUUUAACCAGGAGGUGAGUUUAGUGCUGGUCAGAGAAGAUGGAACCCUGAAGUCUCCUCUGAAGAAACUCUUGUCAGGCCCCGCCACUGAUGCUGUACUGCGGAAGACGGCCGCCGAACCAGGAGACCUGCUGCUGAUCGCCGCUGGUCCCAUUGAAGUUCUGCGCCCAAUGCUCGGGAGUCUUCGUUUACAGUGCGCAGAGCUCCUGGAGUCUCAUGGCUUGACAGUCCGCGACUCUUCGGCCUUUCAUUUCCUGUGGGUUGUGGAUUUCCCCCUCUUCUUGCCCAAAAAGGACGAGCCGGAGCAGCUGGAGUCUGCCCAUCAUCCAUUUACCGCUCCGGCGCCAGAGGACACAGCAUUACUCUACACGCAGCCAGAAAAAGUUCGUGGCCAGCACUAUGACCUCGUGUUGAAUGGUUGUGAGAUUGGAGGAGGUUCGGUUCGAAUCCACAAGGCUUCGGAGCAACUUCACGUUUUAAAGAAUAUCCUCAAGGAGGAUCCCACUGUUCUUUCUCACCUGUUGGAGGCUCUGGACUCUGGCGCGCCACCACAUGCCGGUAUUGCGCUUGGUUUGGACCGGCUGGUUUCCAUCAUGGUGGGGGCUUCCAGCAUACGUGAUGUCAUCGCCUUCCCAAAGUCAUUUCGCGGUCAUGACCUGAUGAGUCGCGCCCCAGACUUUGUGUCAGAUGAGGAGCUGAAGUCCUACCACAUUUCAGUCAAGUGGCCAGCAGAGACAGGAGGACCCGAUAGAAAGUGUGGAGAUUUAGAACAAAGAUAAUAGGGAAGGAAAAGCCUUCCGCAUUCUUUUUCAUUGAUGCCCAUUGAAAUGCAUGCUGGGAGGGGAGUUUAUUUUUU